UUAAGUAGACUCUAAAGGAGAGUUUAGAAUAGCAGAAUGGGUGAAGAAUUUCCAGAAAAGCUUAUUUCUACUGUGAAUUGUAAACAAGGAGCUGUGAGAGCCGUUAGGUUUAAUGUUGGAGGUGACUACUGUUUGACUUGUGGUAGUGAUAAGUCGGUGAGGCUUUGGAAUCCUCACAGAGGAAUUGCCUUAAAGACAUACACGGGCCAUGGAUAUGAAGUACUGGAUGCACAGUCCUCUGGUGAUAACAGUCAGAUCUGCUCAGGAGGGAUGGACAAAACUGUCAUGUUGUUUGAUGUGGCUACAGGGAAGGCUGUACGCAAGUACAGAGGUCAUGCAGGAACUGUGAACUGUGUUAAAUUCAAUGAAGAAUCAACACUGAUCCUGUCUGGGUCCAUUGACAGCACAGUCCGCAUCUGGGAUUGUCGUACAAAGAAGAUGGAGCCUAUCCAGAUUUUGGAUGAAGCUAAAGAUGGAGUUACCUCCCUUCAAGUGUCAGACAAGGAGAUCCUAACUGGAUCAACUGAUGGAAGGAUCAGGAGAUAUGACCUCCGUGUCGGCAAAUUGUCUGUGGACUUUAUAGGAGCACCUGUGACAUGUGUUAAUUUCACAAGAGACAGUCAGUGUAUCCUGACCAGUACACUAGACAGCAGCAUCAAACUAAUGGACAAGGACACAGGCGAAAUGCUCGCUGAGUACAAGGGUCACAAGAACAAUAACUACAAACUGGACAGCUGCCUGAAUGUGGAGGACACCCAUGUCCUCAGCGGCUCAGAGGACGGCAAUGUUUACAUCUGGGGCCUAGUCGAGGCUAAAGUGUUGAAGAAGUUGACUCAUGAAUCGGACAAGGCUAUACAUUCCCUUGCAUUCCAUCCCGAGGAAAAAUGUCUCCUGACUGCCAGCAUGGACAAGAUGUAUGUGUGGAAGUCCAAAUAUGCCCAGAGCAGGGACACUUGACCCGCUAGUGAUAACCCCUACCUAAGCUGGAAAUGUGGUUCUGUCAAGGAAUGUGGUACUGUCAAGGAAUGUGGUACUGUCAAGAAAUGUGGUACUGUCAAGGAAUGUGGUACUGUCAAGGAAUGUGGUACUGUCCACUUACUGCUGGAAAUCAAGGUAUUCAGGACACUUGACAUGAAAGUCGUACUGUACACUAACAACUGGAAACAGAAACCAAGGUACUCGGAACACUUGACAUGAAAGUCGUACUAUUAACUAACAACUGGAAACCAAGGUACUCGGGACACUUGACAUGAAAGUCGUACUGUACACCAACAACUGGAAACAGAAACCAAGGUACUCAGGACACUUGACAUGAAAGUCGUACUAUUAACUAACAACUGGAAUCCAAGGUACUCGGAACACUUGACAUGAAAGUCGUACUGUACAUUAACAACUGGAAACCAAGGUACUCAGGACACUUGACGUGAAAGUCGUACUGUACACUAACAACUGGAAACCAAGGUACUCGGGACACUUGACAUGAAAGUCGUACUGUUCACUAACAACUGGAAACCAAGGUACUCAGGACACUUGACAUGAAAGUCGUACUGUACACUAACAACUGGAAACCAAGGUACUCAGGACACUUGACAUGAAAGUCGUACUAUUAACUAACAACUGGAAUCCAAGGUACUCGGAACACUUGACAUGAAAGUCGUACUGUACACUAACAACUGGAAACCAAGGUACUCUGGACAUGGAAGUCGUACUGCAUUCUAUUUGCAGGAAAUCAAGUUACACUUACUUUGUACGCUUACCUGUGAGUGAUACGGUCUGCUACCAUAUAGAAAUAGAUGUAGUCUGGACAGUUGACUGGUAAUUGGUACUGUCCUCUUACAACUCGAAAUAAAGAUAGUCAUGGCAUUUAUUCUGAUUUAAACCGCUUACACUUGACUGGAAAGCAGGAUUGCUCGCCAAAAUGAAUCUCAAAUUAUGACUUUUUGGGACACUUGACAAGCAGGUAAUAAUACUGACAACCAGUGUCAUCCUUGAUACUCCAAAGGAUACGCUCACUCACGCUCUCUGCACCCCUCAAAUAUGUCAUAGCAACAUUGAAGGCACACAGCUAGUUAUUUGAUUAGUCUCGGGUAAAACAAUCUGACCAAUUGCUUAGCUGAUACCUGUCCUUUGAAGAUUACAUAGGAACGAAACCUGACUUCAAAGCCAGUCAAAAUUAUUUUGAUGUACAUCAAAGGAUCAAGCUAGUCUUCUUGUCUAGUAGACAGUGGCGCACACUGAGCCUGACAUAUUCUAAGGGUGCAGAGAGUGUAAGUGAAUGUAACCCUGGAGUAUUGAGGAUGCACCAGGGUAGACAACAGGAGUACAUUUUGUACAUCCAGAAUGAAAAACAUACAGAACAUUUCAGAAAAAAACAUUUGCUGAUCAUUUGAAUCAAACUUAAUGACAAUCUGAAUAAAUACAGCUGUUCAUUAUCACGUACCG